AUGAACUCCUCCCUAUUUUGUUUAUAUGCCAUAUUUGCCUUCCUCUGCAAAGCUUCCUUCUCCCUGCCCGGAAAUGUUUCUGAUCACCGAGCAUUACUUUCAUUCAAGGACAACAUCAUCGGAGAUCCUCUUCAAUCAUGGAAUGAGUCUACCCAUUGCUGUAAUUGGGUUGGAAUAACUUGUGGUCGCAAACACCAACGAGUUGUAACAAUCCAUAUGAGGUCGAGCAAUCUUCAAGGCUCUUUGUCCCCUGCAAUUGGGAACUUGAGUUUUCUUAGAGAAUUGUGGCUUGACAACAACACUCUAGCAGGUAUAAUUCCUAAAGAGUUGGGUAGACUUAGAAGAUUAAGUGUGUUGGUUCUGGAAAGUAAUGUAUUUUCAGGUGAAAUUCCAAAAAACCUUUCACAUUGUGUUAGUCUAACAGAUUUUUUUUUGGGAAAGAAUAAUCUAACGGGUACAUUUCCUUUGGAGUUUGGAUCACUGUCCAAACUUGAGUACCUUUCGCUUAACACAAACCACUUGAUGGGAGAGAUACGUGCUUACGUAGGCAAUUUUUCAUCACUCAAGGUACUUUCUUUUUAUGGAAAUAAUUUCAAGGGAAAAAUUCCUACUUCAUUUGGAUGCCUGCAGAAAGUUUUAUUUAUUGGUCUAGGCAAUAACUACCUGAGUUCUACCAUUCCCAUAUCCAUUUUCAAUCUCUCAUCAUUGGUAACUUUUGAUGUAUCAGAAAAUAAACUUGAGGGAUAUCUUCCUUCAAAUUUAGGCUCUACCCUUCCAAAUCUACAGCAUUUUGAUAUUGGUUCUAAUCUUUUAAGAGGAAGACUUCCUAUCUCAAUGUCAAAUGCCACAGCAAUAAACUCUUUUGAUGUUUGUAAUAAUGAUUUUUAUGGAGGGGUACCGUCAUUUAGUGGACUUAGCCUAAAGUUUUUUUCAAUAUAUGAUAAUCCACUUGGUAAUGGAAAAUCCACUGAUUUGGAUUUCAUGUCAUCUCUUCUCAAUAUUACUGCUACACUAGAGGUCCUGAAUCUUGAGAACUGCAAUUUUGGAGGGGUUUUGCCCAGAUUCAAUGCAAACUUUUCAAGUCUGGAGGAGUUUCUCAUUGGAGAAAAUGUCAUAAGUGGUACUAUUCUCACUGAAAUUCGUUUUCUUGUUAACUUACAAUACCUAGACUUAUCAGAAAACCAGCUAGGCGGUACUAUGCCAAGCUCAUGGGGAAGCCUUCAACAACUCAUUGGUUUAAACCUUGAAGGAAACAAAUUGUUUGGUGAGAUUCCAAUUUCUUUGGGAAAUCUUUCUAUUCUUAGUGAGCUUUACCUACCAUUCAAUGAGUUGCAAGGUACAAUACCGAUAAGUUUUGGAAAUUUUAAAUUUUUGAUGGAAUUAGAUCUUUCCAGAAACAAACUCCAAGGAAAUUUUCCCAAAUUUUUCCUCACAUCACUUGUGUAUUUAGACCUCUCUCACAAUCAAUUUACAGGUCCUCUUCCUGUAGAGAUUGGUGGGUUAAAAAAUUUGGUGUCACUAAACCUCUCAAACAACAUGUUCUUAGGCACACUUCCAAGUACCAUUGGUGCACUGAAUAGCUUGAUUGAACUCAACAUCAAUCAUAAUCUUUUCCAUGGAUUUAUCCCUCCUUCUUUCAGUUUUUUAAAAAGCCUAGAAAUUUUAGAUCUAUCUUGUAAUAACCUCACAAGAGAAAUACCAGAAUUUCUAGGUAAACUUCACUACUUGAAGCGGUUGAAUUUAUCAUUUAACCAUUUGGAAGGUGAGAUACCUACUGAAGGGAUUUUUAAACACAAGACUGAAGUUGAGCUCGUUGGUAACAACCUUUGUGGAGGUAUUCCACAAUUUGGGUUGCCAACAUGCCCAAGAGAAGGAGAGAGACAACAUCUGUCCCAUAUUCAAAAGUUGGCAAUUUUAAUUUCGAGUGGGACUUUGAUUCUGCUCAUAAUUGUGUCUCUCAGUGUGUUCAUUUACAAGCAGAAGAACAAGCAGCCUUUAACGUUGGAUGCAACAAUAGAGUUCAUGCCUAAGUUGUCAUAUUGGAGUAUCCAGAAAGCAACUAAUGAAUUUUCUAAAUCUAACAUAAUUGGUUUUGGAAAAUUUAGCACGGUUUACAAGGGCAUUCUUGAUGGUAGUUUGGGAAUAGUUGCAAUUAAAGUGUUCAAGCUUCAAGUGAGAGGAGCAUCCAAGAGCUUUUUUGCAGAAUGUGAAGCAUUGAGGCAAAUUAGGCACCGAAACUUGGUAAAAAUUUUGACCACUUGUUGUAGCAUCGACCAUGAGGGUAAUGACUUCUUGGCCAUUGUUUAUGAGUAUAUGAUCAAUGGUAGUCUGGACAAUUGGUUGCACAAUCACUCAAAAGACACAGGAGAGGAUAAUGAUUCAAAGAGUUUGAACUUGUUACAGAGGGUAAAUAUCGCAAUUGAUGUGGCAAAUGCACUUGAUUAUCUUCAUAAUCAAUUGGAGACAGGUUUAGUACAUUGUGAUUUGAAGCCAAGCAAUAUUUUGUUGGAUGGAGACUUAGUUGGUCACGUGGCUGAUUUUGGAAUAGCAAAGUUUCUUCUCACGGAAGUUACACUUGCAUCUUCAUCUAACCAAGUGAGUUCAUCUACAGGAAUUAAAGGGACUUUUGGAUAUGCAGCUCCAGAGUAUGGGAUGGGAAGUGAUUUGUCAACAUUUGGAGAUAUGUAUAGCUAUGGGAUCCUUUUGCUAGAAAUGUUUACCAGUAAAAGUCCUACUAGUGAUAUCUUCAAUAAUGACUUAACUCUUCGUAACUAUGUUAGAAUGAUGAGCAUGCUUGAGCAAGUCACUGAGAUUGUGGAUCCAAAGCUAUUCCACAAAGAAGCUAAUGCAACACCUCAAAGUCUGGUACUUCAGAACCAGAUAAUAGAAUGCCUUGUAUUGAUCUUUAAGAUUGGAAUAGCUUGUUCGGUGGAGUUACCUAGGGACAGAAUGAGGAUUGGCAAUGCGGUCAAGGAGUUGCUUUCAAUCAAAGACACCCUUGUGGAACUUGGAGACAUUAGGACCAUUCCUCGUUAGAGCAGGCUGUAUCAUGCAAUCUAGCAGUGGAGUUUGCAACUUCAACAAUCCAAUCAGCAAAUCAGAGAGUGAGAUCAAGCAAGGUAGCAGAGUGUGGGGAUUGAUUCAUUCCUAUUGUGCUUGAUUGAGAAUUUUAUUUUAUUUUAUUUCGUUUGUGAUGUUGGUUAAUUUUGAUGUUUU